AUAUAUGCGCACAUGUGGGAUUAUGAAGGAAAUCUUGGCUCUUGCCAGCUCGUUGCCUCCGCCACCGAGAGAGCCACCAGAGCCAGGGCAUAUGGUCGGUUUGUGGCUCCAACACUGUUCGGAGUGACUCAAUUAUAGGAGCUAGCUUGCCAUGAAACUUGGCACUCGAUUGGCUCCGGCGGUCUAGUGCCUUAAGGGGCAAUGUGAUUGAACGGUAAUCUAUUUGCUGAAGUAAUUUGCGCCAUUUUUAACUAGAAUGUCAAACAAUAUGGAUGUGCAUUCCAUGUGUUCACUUCCCGCACACAUUAAAAGUCAACAAAAAAAGUUCACUCCCUAGUCUUAGUAAGUGAAAGUUAUGACUUCGUUCAAGCUAGGUGAUCGAUAUGGGAGGAGAUGGAAAGGGUGGAAAAAGAAAAGGAACGGAUAAGUGGUUGAGAGUUAAGUUGGAUGUCAACAACUUGAGGAGCUGACUAGUUUUGAAGACCAGCCAUAGGGAAAAAAUUAUAUGUAGGUGGUGUACGGGAGGCAACAAGAAUAAAUUGAAGUAGGAGGUGGAGUGGCUAUGGGCACGACCAAGGUAGUUGGAUGUGGAGGACCCAUGUAACACAUGUGUUUUCUCUUGUUUUAGUCCCCUUUUAAAUAUAUGUGAAAAUGGUUUUACUUAAUAUAUAUAAUAUACUUCCAACAUUUGGUAGGUAAAAAUGGAUUCCAUCUAGUUUUAUAAUUAAUUCAUAUAGUUCUGAGAUUUGAUGAUGUAUAUCAUCAAAUAUAAAUGGUUACAGAACAUGUAAAAUGUUACCAUAUAUAUACUCUCUCAUUUUUGGUUUAAAAGGCCCACACAUAUCCCUGAAUCGACAAAUCCACCAAUUUAAUACAAAUUAUACAUCACAAUAAACAUCAUUAUAAAAUAUAACAUUUAAAGUUUCUAUUCUUUUGAUAUAUAUAUAACUCGUGCUAUGUUGGUCAAAUCGUUGAUCUAAGGAUAUGCAUGGGUCUUUUAAACUGAACAGAAGGUAACCCUAUCAUACAUAUUGCCUUAUAUACUUAUAUAUGCAUGGAAAAUCUUCAUGCAUUUAAGAAGUAAAUGUAAUCCAAAAUAAAUAAAUAUGUGUGCGUUCAAGGGAAAAACUCAUAUAACUUAGACAAAUAUGAUAGAUUUACAAGAGAUAAUAUUUAUACGAGUAUAUUGGUGUUGAAAAAUAAAACAAAAUUCCACUACAAGAAUGAAAAACUUGUACUUGUGAACAUGCAAAUAUUUUUACAAAAUACAUAAAAGAAAAAUCAUUCAUUGAUGACAGAUGGAACACAUGAAAAAACUUUAGAAAGAACGGUUCCAUGGAAUUUGAUGUAAUUUAUCUUUUUAGGCAGAGUGAGUGAUUUUCGAGAAAAAAAACAAGAAGGAAAAGAAAGAGAAAGAGAAGAAAUGGAAGGGAAAAAAAAAAGCAGCAGCAGAAGAAGAAGACCAGGAGCUUUCUUGGGCCGGAAGCUGGGAGUGUUGUCCUUUCAUUCCUAAUCGCGCGAGACAACGGGAAGACUGCAAAGACGGCCCAAUCUCCUCUGCUUCCGCCUAAACCCCACUGCCUCUCUCGCCGUGCUCGAGGCGACGGGAAAAGCUUCCUUCGCGGGUGGCAGGCCAAGCCAGCCAAUGGCCGCCGACGCCUCUCCGCCGGAGACGGCGCUGUCCGCGGCGAACGGCCCCGGAGACGAGGACGGGGAGGAGGGGGAGGCGGAGCAAUGCCGCAUCUGCCGCCUCCCGGCCGAGGCGGACCGCCCCCUGCGCCACCCCUGCGCCUGCCGCGGCAGCAUCAGGUUCGUCCACGACGACUGCCAGCUCCGGUGGCUCGCCACCCGCCGGGGACCCCGAUGCGAGCUGUGCAACAACGACAUCUCCAUCCGACCAGUGUACGCUGCAGACGCCCCUGCGAGGCUGCCUGUUUCUGAGUUCAUGGCGGGUUUCUCCCACAAACUGAUGGACCUGUUGCUCCUCCUUAUCUGCCUCGUCCCAGCACUCGUCAUGUACCUCAUCACCCUCGGGGCAUGGCUCUUCGCGCUUGCCAGGUCCUUUGCUCAAGUGCACCAUCUGCUGUCCCUCCGCCCCUCUGUCGCCUCCAUUGUUGCUCAAACUGCAAUUUUCAUUUUAAGGCUGCCUGGUAUAAUUCUCAGAGGUGUCGUAGGUUCUAUCCCCUCUGUCGCCUUAAUUGUUGCUCAAAGCGCAAUAUUCAUUUUAAGGCUGCCUGGUAUAUUUCUCAGAGGGGUCGUACGUUCUAUUCCUGCUGCCAAUUUCUGUCUUAAUCUGCUGAGCGCAAAAAUAUUACACCCGGUGUUCUUUGGCUGGGCGCUUGAUAUCUGCACUUCAGAAAUGUUUGGUGCAACAAUGUCCCAGAGGUUCAAGCUUAUGCUUGCUUCAUCUUUUGCUUCAACUGUUCUUCAUUGGUAUUUUGGAUGCAUCUUUUGGCACCUAGGCCUUAGAUUCUUCAGACUUCUUGAUAAGAUACUGAGGCCAGGAAUUGCCAUUCCCUUUGUCCACUAUGAAGCUCAUGAACCAUUCUACAAAUUUUAUCUCAAGAAGCUUCAUAUCCUUUUUGUUGGAAUUAUCUCUAUGGUUUUGGUCAUUCUUGUUCCUAUUCAAAUUGGCGGGCUAUUGGUGCCGGAGUUGUUCCCAUUUCAUAUCACCUACUUCAAUUGUGGUGCAAAGGGCAUAUCAUUUUGGCAAGCACCACGAAACUAUGUCGAUUCAGUUUCUCAUGCUCUUCUUCUGAAGUUUCUCAUUGAUAACACCAAGACACUUGUAUACCUUGAGUGGUUAGUGAAGAAGGUAACCCAGUAUUCCUUUGUCACUACUGGACAUGCUCUAGGCUUGUCAGAUUCGUUGAGUAUCUGGCCCGAUGAUGCAUCUGGACAUGAUGAGAUUGGGAGUAGUGUCGCACCAGAAGACCAGUAUGAUAGGAUCAAUGAAGCUAAGGAUGGAAGGAGAUCAGUUGCAGCUGCUACAAUCCUAAGUCUGGUGCUUGCAUGGUUGACUAUUGUGGUAUUCAAUUUGGCUGUGCUCAUUUUUCCAAUCUCAAUUGGGCAUGCCAUCACUCGGCUGCCACUAGCAGGUGGACUGAAAUCCGAUGAUAUGCUUGCUUUGGCUAUUGGGUUUGGCGCCAUAUCAACUGUUAUUGCCGCCUCUAGAGAUUCAUUUGCCUACAUGACUUCUGGGAGAACACACCUUCUAGCCCUGAAUCGCUAUCUGGUUGUGUUCUUAUGGCUUGUCAUCGCUCCUUUCCUGACCGGGGUGCUGGUUGAUUUAUCACUAAUAUCACCAUUCACUGGGCUUGAUGAUGAUGUUCCAGCUGUAGGCCUUUCCUACUAUUGGGGCCUGGGGUGUCUAUCUCUGAAAAUCUGGGGGAAGCAGGCUCGUCGGACAAGGGCCAGAUGCUUGCGAGCCUAUUUCAUCGAUGAAAGGUGGGGCCCAAAGCUUAAUCAGGCAAAGGCAGAUUGGGAUUCAGGGAUCGCGCCAAUGUGGUGGUUCUUGCGAGAUGUGUGCAUGCCUAUCGUCGCGAAGCUACUCGCUGCUCUGGGUGUUCCCUAUGUGCUUGCCAAGGGGGUCUUCCCAAGAUUCGGCUGCUCCGUUGCCAUGAACUCGGCGGUGUACCGUUUCGUGUGGCUGGGCAGCCUCGGCUUCUACCUUGCCAAAGCGUUGUGCGCCAAACUCCAUGAUUCCAUCAGGGACGCCCGUUAUGUCGUCGGGCAGAGGCUGGAAGAUGUCGCCGACGGUAGCUGAAGACUCUUCUUCCCUGAGCACUCUGUUUCCCGUCAGUUAGGGACGAUGGAGGAUCUGGUGAUACUAACAGUUAGCGCGCAAACGCGUUGCGGACAUCAACAAACGCAGAUGAGAUGAUGUCAUACGGAUACAUUCCUGGUGAAACUUGUAAAUAUGGGUGCGAUUUUCAUUUUCCAUGUGGAAGUUACCUGGAGUCGUAUCGGUCAGUUCCCGACGAAUCGCCAGGAUGUAAGGCGACGCUGAAUUUGGAUAGAUAUCUGUAAAUUUCUACACUUUUUUGCACGACGUUCUCAGGAUCGUUGUAUGGUCAGCCCCUGACAGGACAGGCUGAGGAGAAACGGGAUGGUGCUUGGUUGCCUUGGACAUUCUUUUUCGGGAAUGCUGCAAUGUUUUUUGACCAAAGUAAUGCUUGGAUUUCUCUCGGGCCUUUCCAGUGCCAGAUGUGCUUUGGCACUGUUAUCAGACAUUCCUCGUGCAUCAACUUUCCAGGGCAAACAUUCGUGCCAACAUGUGAAUUGUCACAAAUUCAACAGGGGUUUGAAAUUUGAAAUUACACGCCUUCCAGGCUCGCUGCUUCUUCUCUGCAGCUGUUCGAUCAAAUUCUGGCGGUAGCUGCUGCCUGUUGAUAUGGACGUGUAACAAAAAAAAUGUGGACAAAAUCUCGGUUGAUAUGCAGCUAUUAAUGUCUUCGUUUGACGUGUGCAAAUGGUA